AAUCGCGUUCUGAGUUUUUACGAAAAAUAACGAUUGAAAUCGUUUUGCAAGACUAAGCUUUUUUGAACGUAUUUCACAAUGAUAAAUUGCGUGUCGCGCGGUAAAGAAGCCCCGAUCGAAUUACCGAAAAUUGGCAAUAAAAAGCCUAUAGUGCUCUCGUCACAGCGCUUCAAUAAGUUGCUAAACAAUGCCAAUCAGGUGGAAAAGUUGCAAGCUCAGAAAGAAAUCGAAGAAGAACAGAAAUAUAAGGAAUAUUUGAAGGAGGGAUCGGAUCAAUUGGUAGCACAUUUUAAGGGCAACAUACAAAGGACUCAAGAUGAGAAGCUGGCUGAGAUCAAGGCGAAUAUGGAACAAAAAAUUACAAAAAUGCAGGAGGACAUCCAUCAGUCGAAGGAAAACGAGGAACGAGAAAGAAGCGAGCGACUGGCUAAGGCGCAAAAUUUAAUGGAACAACUAAAGCCCGGACCCAAGGAUCUACACUCAGCGGCCAUGCAAAGCGAAGUACUUCGUGCGCGAAACGUUCAACGCAAUAUAAAUAAAGAGUUCGAAAAGGCUAUUAAACGGCAGGAAUGCAUGGAUAAGUUAGCCUGUGAGCAUCAAGCGUUUGCGUUCAUGCAAGAGGACCAACUGCGACAAUUGGAACGCGAACAGAACAUGAACACGUACAAGAAGGAGAUGCUUCAAACAAUCAACGAGUCCUACAAACAGCGCGUGGAGCACAAAAAGCAGCUCAUCAAGGAGCAACAGGCCAUACGAGAGGCAAUGGAUCAGGAAAUCAAGGCACAAAUCGAAAGAGAGAAAGCUAUUAUGGAGAAAAAAAGAGCUUCACUGCGCAAAAAUGCACUAGAAGCCAUGAAAAUGGUAGAGCAACGUAGAUUAAGGGAACGUAUGACCGAAGAGAUUGAGGAUCGCUUGUGUUGUGUUUAUAAUCUGGGCAAAUUGGACAUGGAUGUCGUCAAAAAGGAGGAAGAAGCGAAGAAACUAAUCUACGGUGAAGAGAAGAAACAAGAGAUGCAGGCUCAGUUCUUCCGCUGUAUUCAGGCUAAGACAGACGCAGCGGAGGAUGAGCGCGUGCGUCGUGAUAUUAGUCGCAUGCAACUGAAAUUCACGGCUGAGGAGCAAGAAAAAAUACGUAAGGACAAGGCGGCAAAACAGGCACGUAUAGAAGCAUAUAUGCGCGAACUGCAGCAGCAAAAGGAAGUUAAACGUCGCGCCGAGGAAGAAAAGCGUUACGAUAUGGCCACCCGCUUUAAGAACUGUGAAGUAAAUCGUCUGUUUGAGGAGGCACAACAGCAAAAGCGUCUUACUCAAAUAAAAGAAACGCGUGCCUCAUUAAAGGAACAGCUUGAACUCAAGAAACGCGUUGAAAACGAAGAUAAGGAACUAAUGCGCCCCACCUGUGAGGACAACAAAGAAGAGCGAGAGGAUAAGUACUUCUUUGAAUAUGCACGCAAUCUCAUGGAGGAUGCACACAAAAAGGAUCGACCAUUAUAUCCCUUCGUCAAGGUGGUACAACAGUAUAAACGUGAGCGUGGCAUCGAUUGUGAACGCAAAACCCCAAGGCAUCUGGUGACGCAGGUGAACAUUGGCACACGCCCGCCAAUCGAAUGUAAGACGAAUGUCGAUCACUUAUCCGCCACAUUGGUAAACAAACCGAAACCGACGCAAUUGAAGGCAGCCCAUGACAGCUCAACAGAAGCAAUGCACAUCAGUAAAUCUGUUCCAAUAGGCAAAGAAACGUUGGCAAUGGGAAAAAUGGAAAGAAGUGCUAAGGACAGCAUACUGGAAAACUGCCUUAAGAUCUCCGAAUUAAUUGCAGCUGAUGCGAAGAAGACUGGCAACGAUGACAAAGAAAAAUGCGACAAUCGGUUAGUGGAUUGCUUGAAACCAAGUAAUCGUAUGGCUCAAUUGAAGAAGGACGACGAUUGCGAAUCAUUGCUCAAUUCCGGCAAAGUGCGCUAUUCCCUGGGCGAACUGAAGAAAAUGAAUCAAUUUCCAUCGACGAAAGAACAAUAG